AUGGGCUUCCUACCGGAGCCCUUCUUCCUGCGUGGGCUGUCUGCGUCGUGCCACCUUGGGCUGCUGCUGUUCCUCUCCGUCGUCUGGUCUCGCAGGAUCUGCCGCCACGGGAGGUCCAACAAGAUCACUCAGGGCGGCCGAUUCCGGCUCUACACGGCGGCCGUCUUGUCCUCCCUCUGCCUGGCUCUCUUCUACCUCUUCCUCUCCGUUUUCAACUUCUUCUGGUUUCCGCACGGAAGGCGGUCGACCGAAGAACUCGCCGUGCAGGUCGACUUGGCCGUAAGGGCCGUCGCUUGGUCUGCGGCGUGCGCCUACCAGUGGACCGAGUUCGCUCAUUGGGAGGGGAGGAGAUUCCCGCUCUUCGUGAGGGUCUGGUGGUUCCUCUACCUUCUGCUGUCCUCUUCCUUCCUCCUCCUCGACCUCCUGUAUUAUCGGAAGCUCGGCGUCCUCCCCGUCCACCUGUGGGCGGCCGACGUUGGGUCGGUUCCCUUCGCCUUGCUCACGGGCUAUGCCGCGCUGUGCGGCGAGAGGGUGGAAGAAUGCGAAGAGUCCCGUGAGCCUCUCUUGAAUGGAGGUGCCGUCAACGGCCCGAAGAAGAGAGGGAAGGGAGAGAGCAAGUCGCCAUUCUCAAAUGCCGGGGUCCUCAGUCUGCUCACCUUCUCCUGGAUGAAUCCUCUGUUCUCUGUGGGCUACAGGAAAACCUUGGGCCUAGACGACGUCCCGCAGCUCGCGGACAACGACAGAGUCGACGGGGUCUUCCCCAUUUUCAAAGAGAAGCUCGAAUCAUACGCCAGCUCUCAUGGCGAUACGGGCGGAGUGAGGACUCUCCAUUUGGUGAAAGCCUUGGUGUCCUCUGUAUGGCCCCUGAUUCUUUGGACGGCGUUCUGUGCUCUCGUGUACACAGUGUCUAGCUACGUCGGUCCUUGGCUCAUCGACUCCUUCGUUCAGUUCCUCAAUGGCCGCCAGAGAACUCCAAACGAAGGGUACCUCCUUGUCACCGGCUUCAUCUUGGCGAAGAUCUUCGAGGGCCUUUCGCAGAGAUACUGGUUCUUCAGCUUGCAGCAGGCCGGGGUUAGGGUUAGGGCCUCCCUCGUGGCGAUGAUCUACCAGAAGGGCAUCGCCCUGUCGAGCAACUCGCGGCAGGGGCGCACCAGUGGGGAGGUCAUCAACCUCAUGAGCGUCGAUGCCGACAGAAUCGGACUUUUCAGCUGGUACAUGCACGAUCUGUGGAUAGUGCCGAUUCAGGUCACUCUGGCCCUACUCAUUCUGUACUCUAACCUCGGCCUGGCCUCUCUCGCCGCCAUGGUGGCCACAGUUCUGGUCAUGCUGGCGAAUCUUCCCUUAGGCAAGAUGCAGGAGAGGUACCAGGAGAAGCUGAUGGCGUCCAAGGACACGAGGAUGAAGACCAUGGCGGAAAUCCUGAGGAACAUGAGGAUCCUCAAGCUCCAAGCCUGGGAGAUGAAGUUCCUGUCCAAGGUGGUCGAGGUGAGGAAGAAGGAGACCAGCUGGCUGAAGAAGUACGUCUACACGUCCGCCAUGAUCACCUUCGCCUUCUGGGGAGCCCCCACCUUCGUCUCCGCGGUCACCUUCGGGACCUGCAUGCUGAUGGGCAUCCCAUUGGAGUCUGGGAAGGUCCUGUCGGCGCUCGCCACUUUCAGAGUCCUGCAGGAGCCCAUCUACAAUCUCCCAGACACCGUCUCCAUGGUCAUCCAGACCAAGGUCUCCCUCGACAGGUUAUCGGCCUUCCUCAGGCUCGAGGAGCUGAAAUCCGACGUCGUCGAGAAGCUCCCCCGGGGAAGCACAGACGCCGUCGUCGAGGUAAAAGAUGGGACCUUCUCCUGGGAUCCUUCGGCGGAGGAGGCCACCCUGAAGGACCUGAACUUCACCAUCCUCCGCGGCAUGACCGUCGCCGUCUGCGGCGGCGUCGGCUCCGGGAAGUCGACCUUGCUGUCCUGCAUCUUGGGGGAGGUGCCGAAGACUUCGGGGAGCAUCAGGCUGUGCGGGACGACCGCCUACGUAUCUCAGUCGCCAUGGAUCCAGAGCGGCAAGAUCGAGGAGAACAUUCUCUUCGGGAAGGAGAUGGAAAGGAGCAGGUACGAGCAGGUCCUGGAAACGUGCUCCCUGAAGAAAGACCUGGAGAUUCUGCCCUUCGGGGACCAGACCGUCAUCGGCGAGAGGGGAAUCAACCUCAGCGGCGGGCAGAAGCAGAGAAUACAGAUCGCCCGCGCCUUGUACCAUGACGCCGACGUCUUCCUCUUCGACGACCCCUUCAGCGCCGUCGACGCCCACACGGGAACCCAUCUCUUCAAGGUUCAGACUUUCUCCGCCUGCUGAUUUCUCGAUUCUUUCCGCUAACUGUGGGGCGGCUCACCGGCCGGAGAUGGCUGGCUCUCUGACUGGAAAACAGGAGUGCCUCCUGGAGAUGCUCUCUUCGAAGACCGUCAUCUUCGUGACCCACCAAGUGGAGUUCUUGCCGUCUGCCGAUCUCAUUCUGGUGAGAACACGUUCGGUUGUUCGUUCUUGUUGCCUGCUCCCUGUGACCGAACCGAGCGGGAUGACUUCAUCCGGUAAUACCCGCAGGUUAUGAAGCGGGGGAGGAUCACCCAAGCGGGCAAGUACAGCGAGAUUCUCUGCUCGGGGACCGACUUCAUGGAGCUUGUCGGCGCCCACAGGGACGCCCUGUCGGCGCUCGAUUCUGUGGACUUCUCCCCUGGAAGCGGCGCCGGCGGGAGCUCGAAAGACGCGGGAGGGCAUCCUAAGGCGACGACCCAUAACGAAGACAUCCACGGAGUCCAACAGAACGACAAAGCGGGCGACGGCGCUGUCCCGGCGGGGCAGCUCGUGCAGGAGGAGGAGAGGGAGAAGGGAAGGGUCGACUUCUCCGUCUACUGGAAGUACUUGACGACAGCGUACAAGGGGGUGCUCGUCCCGUUCAUCCUGCUGGCGCAGAUCCUCUUCCAAGCUCUUCAGAUUGGCAGUAACUACUGGAUGGCCUGGGCGUCCCCUCCGGCGAAAGGCGCUCCUCCUCCGGUCAGCUCCUUCGCCCUCAUCGCCGUCUACGUGGGUUUGGCUCUGGGGAGCUCGCUCUGCGUUCUCUUCAGGGCCCUGCUCGUCGCCACUGCCGGGUACAAGACGGCGACCUUGCUCUUCAACAAGAUGCACGCCUGCAUCUUCCGGGCUCCGAUGUCAUUCUUCGAUUCCACGCCCAGCGGCCGCAUCUUGAAUCGGGUGAGCGAUCGAUCACACCCCUGUAGCUGUGAGAAGCGUUUACCUCCGAACUCGGAUGAUCAGAGAGAGAGGUCCGUUUUUCUGCAGGCAUCCACGGACCAGAGCGAGGUCGACACCUCCUUCGCCCCCCAGAUCGGCUCCUUCGCUUUCUCGGUGAUCCAGCUUCUCGGAAUCGUCGCCGUCAUGUCUCAGGUCGCCUGGCAGGUCUUCAUCGUCUUCAUCCCGGUGAUAGCCGUCUGCGUCUGGUACCAGGUAGGUACUCGUUUCUCUACCCACCGCAGUCGCCAUCGAGGGUUCCGAUCAUCCGGUCAUCAUCGACGUGCAGCAAUAUUACAUUUCGACGGCGCGGGAGCUGGCGAGGCUGGUGGGAGUGUGCAAGGCUCCGAUCAUACAGCACUUCGCAGAGUCACUGUCGGGGUCGAUGACGAUCCGGAGUUUCGACCAGAAGGCGAGGUUCGUGGAGACGAACUUUAAUCUGAACGACCGAUACUCGAGCCCCAAGUUCCACAACGCGGCGGCGAUGGAGUGGCUCUGCCUCCGCCUGGACGCGCUCGCGACGGCCACCUUCGCCUUCUCUCUGCUCUUCCUCAUCUCCGUCCCCGUGGGAACCAUCAGCCCAGGCAAGUGAAGCUUCGCGUUUCUCCGGUCCUCCGCUGGCCCAGCGCCGCCGUGAAGCUCAUCCGCAUGACCCUUUCUUCUCGUCUUCCUUCCGCAGCCAUCGCCGGCGUGGCCGUUAGCUACGGGCUGAACCUGAACAUGCUUCAAGCCUGGGUCAUCUGGAACCUCUGCAACCUCGAGAACAAGAUCAUCUCCGUGGAGAGAAUACUCCAGUACACGUCCAUUCCCAGCGAGCCGCCCCUCGCCGUCGAAUCCCACCGGCCGAACUCCAGCUGGCCGUCGCUGGGGGAGGUAGACGUCCGCAGCCUGCAGGUCCGGUACGCGCCGCAGAUGCCCCUGGUGCUGAGAGGGUUGAGCUGCGUCCUCCCGGGGGGGAAGAAGACGGGCAUCGUCGGGAGAACAGGGAGCGGCAAGUCAACUCUUAUCCAGACGCUCUUCCGGAUCGUUGACCCCACUGCCGGUCAGAUCCUGAUCGACGGCACCGACAUCCAGACCGUGGGCCUGCACGACCUGAGAUCCCGGCUGGGCAUCAUCCCCCAGGACCCGACCAUGUUCGAGGGAACACUCCGCAGCAACUUCGACCCCUUGGAGGAGCACACAGAUGAGGAGAUAUGGCAGGUUCUCACUCCUCCCAUCCUUCUCUCUACUCCGCCCUCCCUCCCUCCCUCCUUCCGCGCUUCUUCCUCCUGCUGAUUCCUGCUGCUGCAGAUGUUGGACAGGUGCCAGCUUGGAGACGAAAUCAGGAGAAGAGAAGCAAGGCUCGACUCCUCAGGUCUCCGUCAUUCCCCUUCCUCUCCUCUCAUCACUUCCCCUCCUCCCUCUGGUUUCCAUCGAGAUCACGAGAAUCGCCGCCGGUUUUUCUUUCGGCAGUGACGGAGAAUGGAGAGAACUGGAGCAUGGGCCAGCGGCAGCUGGUCUGCCUGGGAAGGGUCAUCCUCAAGAGGAGCAAAAUCUUAGUCUUGGACGAAGCCACCGCCUCCGUGGACACAGCGACAGACAACCUAAUACAGAAGACGCUGAGGCAGCAGUUCUCGGCCUCCACCGUCCUCACCAUCGCCCACAGGAUAACCUCCGUUCUGGACAGCGACAUGGUCCUCCUCCUCGACAACGGUUAGUACUCACUGUAGCUUCUCUCUCUCUUCCAUACCACAGCUUGCGGUAGCAUUCUCUUUCUGAUCGGGGAGCCCAUCCCAUCUCCGGUGUGGUGCCAGGCGCCAUCGCAGAGUUCGACUCCCCCUCGCGAUUGCUCGAGAACAAGUCGUCGCUGUUCGCCAAGCUCGUCUCGGAGUACAGCGUCAGGUCCAGCGCAAGCUUUGAGAGGCUGGACGAGCUCUGA